AUGGCGGCGGCAGCUGAUAUUCCCCUCUUGGUACGCUCCGAGAAUUCUUCCUCAGAGCGCCGUGUCUCGCCAGCCUGGACAAUCACCCACUUGAAAGAUCGACUCGAGCCCAUCACCGGCGUGCCUGCCUCGUGUCAGAAACUGAGUCUCAAGCUUGCCUCCCACCCGCCACAAUCGAUCGAGGCGCAGGACGAAGACGGCACACAAAUAGGUGCUUGGCCACUGCAGGCAUAUGCAGAACUCCAGGUUCUUGACACUAGGCCGCCAGGAGUGCGGACUAACUAUACCGAUGUCUCCUCUGUCCAAAAAUAUGAGAUGACCAGCGCGGAUUAUGAAAGCCGCACAGACAGUGUAUUGGCUUGGAAGAAAGCGCAGAAACUGGGACGCUUCGAUCCGGACGCACCGAGCAUUGAACAGCAGAAAGUCAAAGCCACGUACCAGGAAGUCGAGCAGCGCGGCAUCAAGCCAGGGAAGCGGUGUCGCCUACUCCCAGACACUGAUCAUCGACGUGGCACAGUACAAUACGUCGGUGACCUUCCAGAGAUCGUAGGAAGCGUGGGUGCCUGGGUCGGUGUAGCACUUGACGAACCUACCGGGAAGAACGAUGGCAGCAUCAAAGAGAAGCGCUACUUCGAGUGCCAGCCCAACUUUGGUGUCUUUGUUCGAGCAGAACGCGUCGAGGCUGGCGAAUUCCCGGUGCUCGACGAAUUUGCCGAUGAGGACGACGAGUUCUAG